AUGUACACUACUACUAUAUAUAAGAGCUUUAAUGUAUCCAAUGAAAGUUUGGCGGAACCUCCAUCGUACGAGAACUCUUCAAUACAUUCUAAUAAUCAGUUGUCAAGCGUGUCUACGGGGCGUUCAAAUAGCACGGUUGCGCAAGGGUCUGGUUCCGUAUCGACAAAUACGUAUGAUAAUUCUGGGGGAUUGAUAGUUGCAGAUGAGGGUACUAACAUGUGGCAAGAGACAAUUCUUGAUAACAUUCACAAGCUCACCAACUUGACUCAUUCUAAUAAAGUAGUUUCGAAUGCCAUAAAAAUAUCGAUAGAAUUUACAGAGGAGGUGGGUGAGUUAGGAAAAAAACCGGUAUUGAUCGAUCCUCUGCUUCAUGAAUACAAACAAGGAGAUUUAAUAAAUGGAUUUGUCAUUAUAAAGAAUGAAUCUAAUGAGCCCAUUCCAUUUGAUAUGUUUUAUGUGUUGUUUGAGGGUAACAUUACGGUUUCGAAUACCUUAGAUAUAAAGGAUACGAACCCAACAAGAGUUGAGAAGUUUUUGCAAAUGUUCGAUUUUAGCGCUUCCUGGAACCACGCGCACAUUAAUAGGCUCAUUACUGAGUACGCAAAUCCGUAUGAGUGUCCUUUGAUAUCAGACCCAUAUGAUGAUUCAAAGAUGGCGUUCCCAGAUCGAAAGAUACUUCCUGGUGUUACGUAUAAACGAUUUUUCACUUUCAAAAUCCCCGACAACUUAUUAGAUUCAGAAUGCAACCAUAAUCUCCUGGAACAUACACAAAUACCACCUACACUUGGGAAAUCCCGGUCAGAAGACUAUGUUAAUCUAGCCUAUAAGGUUGAGAAUUGUAAGACUAAAUCGCUUUCGUUUGUCGAUACUUCUAUAAGCUACGGUGUACAGGCCAGAUUCAUUGGAAGAGCUUCGAAGUAUAAUGUUAAGAAAUCAAAGAGAAAUGAUCCUGUUCUUAUUAAUUCAAAGGGAGAUGAGUAUGUUAUUUUGAAAGAAGCUAAUAGGUUCCUUAGGAUUGUACCACAGACAAAAAAUUUGACCCCAAACGAAAAGAUAAUUAAAUGA